UAAACCCUUUCACAACACUCAUGAUCCCAUCAAAACUCAAACUCAAAAACUCUCUCUUAGAAGCUAGGGGCAUAAAUGGAAAUUGUUCCAACAACAUAUUAUGAAAACUUGAAGAAAUAUUUGAAGAGGAAGAAAUACCACCAAAAACCAACAAAGAGAAAGCUUCUCAUCACUAGGCUUGGCGGCGGCCGAGGAAGCGGGCAGCGGCGGUGGCGGCGGCCGAGGAAGUUGAUGGUUGGACUGAGGAAAAUUGUUGUUUCUCCGGUGAAACUUUUGGCCAAGUUUCAUGAGACUUAUGUGGACCAAAUGAUUCGGUUGGCCGGAAAUAUGGGCGGCGCCGGAGCUUUUUCGGGUAAGAAAGUGGCGAAAAGAAAGGAAAUUGCUAUGGUUUGUUGUGGAAGUAAUCAAGAAUUUGUGGAUAGUAGAUUGUUGAUGGAGAUUUAUAAGAGGUUGGCACCUAAUAAUAAUAGCCAAAUGAUUAAUUAAUUAAUUAAUUGUGUUAUUAGUGCAUGUUAAUUUAUGUACCUC